CCGGGACCGGGAUCGGCACCGGGAUCAGGACCGGCACCGGGAUCAGGACCGGCACCGAGACAGGGGCAGCAGUGUUGCUCAGGGUUGUGAAAGCAGAGGCCGGAGGGCUCGGCGGAACCCGGCCAUGUUCUGAGGGAAGCUGCAGGACGCCGCUGGGAUCCGGGUAGCGCAGGUGUGCCCGAAGGAAUCGCCCUUCUCUCGGCCCUGCGAGGCGCUGGGUGAGACGGAAUCAUGGCAAGUCCAAGGACAAGGAAAGUCCUCAAGGAAGUCAGAGCGCAAGAUGAGAACAAUGUUUGUUUUGAGUGUGGUGCAUUUAACCCCCAGUGGGUGAGUGUGACCUAUGGAAUUUGGAUCUGUCUGGAGUGCUCAGGAAAACACCGAGGCUUGGGAGUUCACCUCAGUUUUGUACGUUCUGUAACCAUGGACAAGUGGAAGGAUAUUGAGCUGGAGAAAAUGAAAGCAGGAGGUAACAGCAAAUUCCGACAGUUCUUGGAGUCUCAAGAUGAUUAUGAUCCAUGCUGGACAAUGCAAGAGAAAUACAACAGCAAAGCUGCAGCUCUGUUUAGAGACCAGGUAGCUACAGUAGCUGAAGGCAAGGAGUGGUCCAUUGAAACUUCUCCUGCCAGGAACUGGACCCCACCUCAGCCUAAAAUGUCUCUGUCGUCUUCUCACCGUUCUGCUGGACAAUCUCAGACUGCAACUGCCUCUUCUGACAAGGCUUUUGAAGACUGGUUAAAUGAUGAUGUCAGCUCCUACCAAGGUGGCAGUGGCCAAGAGAAUCGCUAUGUGGGCUUUGGGAACACAGUAAACCCUCCAAAAAAAGAGGAUGACUUCCUGAAUAAUGCCAUGUCCUCGUUGUACUCGGGAUGGAGCAGUUUUACAACUGGAGCAAGCAAAAUUGCCUCAGCUGCUAAAGAGGGUGCUACCAGAUUUGGAUCUCAAGCAAGUCAAAAGUUUUGGGGCUACAAGCAGCAGCCAGAGCCGGCAUCAGAGUUAGGUCAGACAUUAAAUGAAAAUGUUCUCAAACCUGCACAGGAAAAGGUGAAAGAGGGAAAAAUAUUUGAGGAGGUCACCACGGGGGUAUCACAGUUGGCCAGCAAGGUUCAGGGAGUUGGGAGUAAGGGAUGGAGAGAUGUCACCACUUUCUUUUCAGGCAAAGCAGAUGAUAAUUCUGACAGUAGACCAGCUGAGGGAGACAGCUACCAGAACAGUGGAGGGGAGGGCUACCAGAACAAUGCUGUAGAUCAAAGCUUCUGGGAUACCUUUGGCAACUCAGAUGCACCAAAAGCUCAUAAAUCUCCAAGCAGUGAGAGCUGGACCUAUGUGGACAAUUCCACAGAGAAGAAGAGCUCGGAUAGCUGGGACGUGUGGGGCUCGGGAACGGUCUCCAACAAGAACAGUAACAGCGACAGCUGGGAAAACUGGGAGACCAACUGGGAGAACACAGGAGGGGAGAGCAAGACCAGAAAACCUCCUAAGGCAACAAAAAAUGCAUGGGAUGACUUUUAGAACUCUGUUAACCCUGCUCUGCACAGCUGGGAAAGGGAGGCUGUGCUGGUUGAUGGAGGGGAGGAAGUUUUACACACACCUGGAGUAUCAUGGCUGACCUUUCUGAUCUGUUUGUGCUUCCCAUUCAUUCUCCUUCCUUCUACCCUGGUAUAGGGAAAAAAAAAGUAGCAUCUGAAUCUUUUCUUACAUAAUGGUGGCUCUCCCUUUUUUAAGGAUAGUGAUAAGUAUAUUCUCCUUACACUAUUGGAGCUGGCUACAGCAACUUUCUUAACACAAAUGUUAAUGGAGAGAAACCAGUGCAAGGACACUUCCAUGGCACAACCUUGCAUGUGUAGGUUAAUAGGUGUUCAUCCAGUCCUCAUCUGAGAUUUGGGGUGUUUAAUGCAAACAAAGGACAGGGUGUGACUUGGAAAGACAGCCAUUAACUGGGCAAGCUGCAGUUGGAUACAUCAAGUUCUAAUGCCUUAUGGAUUGCUCUGACUACAGGAGGUCUGGCAAUUCAAGAUGGUCUUUAACAUAUUUUUUAUUGAAGCUUUGUUUUUAAACAUUGUGACAUUAUUUUUUUUAGUAGUUGAAAACUUAUUUUUCUCCUUUAGAAUUCAGAAGGAAUCUAGAGCUAGAUAAUAAUUUGUGUAAACUUAAAGGAUUGACCUGAGCUCUCAAGGGAUAUCCAGAAUGGCUUUAUUUGCCCACCUUACUCAAUGGAUUGAGUUUUCACUCAAUUGUAGUUUCUGCUACACAGAAAAGCAAAGCUGGGGUGUUUUCCUUCCUCACCUAUGCCCUUGCCCCAGUUUGAGUUUUUUAUGUACCCUCUUUUUUUCUCUUUCUUCCUUCUACCUGUGUAGUAUUUUAUUAAUGCUGUUAAAAAAAUGAAGUCUUUCUGCUGCUUAUGUCCUUCUGGACAUCUGUUUGGCAACCUGGCAGCAAAAAAAAAAUAA